CGUUAAAUCAGUGAUUACAAACUCCUAAUCGUGUUGGGUCCAUAUGGGGCGUGAUAACCGAAGACAGAGUGCUUGGAAUGCACUGGGAAACGGAAGCGGGCAGCCCCGAGCACUUGUACGUUCCGGAAGAAGAAAGUUCCAUGCAAAGCGCUUACGGACAUCCGCGUUUCGGCAGCGAGCAGCAAUCAGCAGCAGCAGCCUUCCAAGACCCCAAAAUAGACUCCCAAGAACCAAAGAAUCUUAAACUAAAAACCGAACCUCCAAAUUCCCCCGACAUCCACCACUCUCACCACAACCUGCAUCAAUUCCACCACUUCAACUCACCAUUUAACAACCAAGACACCACCAAACAGCCCAAAAACGACCAGAAAACUGAUGAAGACUGCAAAUUCAAAACUGAAGCGUCGAAACAUGAUCAGCAGCAGAUGCAUGAGCAACAGAGGAGCGAGUAUAGUGGUGAACAUCAGGAGAGGGAGAAGUAUUUUAAAGUGGAGGAUGAGCAGAAUAGGUAUCUUCAGGAUACCAAAAACGAGGGAAAGAACUCUAGUUGUCUUUUUGGAGGCGAGAACCCUAGUUGCUUGAAUGCUUGUGCUGGAUGCGGGAGGAACAUACAGGAUCGUUUCUACCUGCAAGCUGUGGAAAGAAGAUGGCACGCCUGCUGUUUGCGUUGCUCAAUGUGUGGACGCAUUUUGGAAUCGGACAACACUUGUUUUGCCCGAGAAGGCAACAUUUACUGCAAAGCAGACUACUACCGGUAG